AACAAAAUUUCACAGAGAAAGGGAGGGGUUGGGAGGGAAGUCUCUGGGAAAGAUGUUUGACUCUCUCUCUGUGGUCCUUCUUCUUCUUCUUCUUCUAUAAUCUUUACACGCUAAAUUCUGCCUCUCAUUCUCAUUCCCCUCAUUUCUUUUCCAUAUAUUUCCUUUGUUUCUCCUCCCAUUUUCUCCAUAUCUUUUUGUUUUCUCUCACUUUCUGGGAUUGCUUUUAUUUUUUGGGGAAAUUUUAAAUCUUCAUCGUAAUUUGAAACUUUUGCUUUUUAUUAACAAAAUAGGUUGUCUCUUCAUCUGGGUUUGAAUCAAAUUCUUAAAUUUGGAACUAGAUCCUGAGGUUUUUAUUUUUCUCUUCUGUUUGAUUUUAAAGAUAGUUUUUUCGUGUUUUGUUUAGAAAGAUAAGAUUUUGAUUUUAUUGGUUUUGUUCGUUAAUUUUGAGACCCAUUUUAGCUUUUUGUUGAUUCAACGUUAUGGGUAAUUGCUGCACAACCCCGAAAACUGACCAUGAAGAGAACCGGAAGAAACACAAGAAGAAACCAAACCCGUUUUCAAUUGAUUAUGGGGCGAACUAUCAGAACGGUGGCCAUAAACUCUCUGUUUUGAAGGAGCCAACGGGACGGGAAAUUGAGCAGAGGUACGAGCUGGGACGGGAACUGGGGCGUGGUGAAUUCGGUGUGACAUACUUGUGUACGGACAAAGAAAGUGGUGAGACAUAUGCAUGCAAAAGCAUUUCUAAGAAGAAGUUAAGGACUGCUAUUGAUAUAGAGGACGUGAGGAGAGAAGUUGAGAUUAUGAGGCAAUUGCCAAAGCAUCCAAAUAUUGUUAGCUUAAAAGAUACUUAUGAGGAUGAUAAUGCUGUUCAUUUGGUGAUGGAGCUUUGUGAGGGAGGCGAAUUGUUUGAUAGGAUUGUGGCCAGAGGUCAUUAUACAGAGAGGGCUGCGGCUGUGGUCACAAAGACUAUUGUGGAAGUUGUUCAGAUGUGCCACAAGCACGGUGUAAUGCACCGGGAUCUCAAACCAGAGAACUUUUUAUUUGCAGACAAGAAGGAAACAUCACCUCUGAAGGCUAUUGAUUUUGGACUCUCAGUUUUUUUUAGACCUGGUGAAAUAUUUACUGAGAUAGUUGGCAGCCCUUACUACAUGGCUCCUGAGGUGCUUAAAAGGAAUUAUGGCCCAGAAGUAGAUGUCUGGAGUGCUGGUGUCAUCCUAUACAUCUUACUUUGUGGUGUUCCUCCUUUUUGGGCAGAAACUGAGCAGGGUGUUGCACAGGCAAUUAUUCGGUCUGUUAUAGAUUUUAAGAGGGAUCCUUGGCCAAAAGUUUCUGAUAAUGCUAAAGACCUUGUCCGGAAGAUGCUUGACCCUGAUCCGAGGAAACGGCUUACUGCCCAACAAGUGCUGGAACAUCCUUGGUUGCAAAACGCAAAGAAGGCUCCAAAUGUUUCAUUAGGUGAAACUGUCAGAGCAAGGCUCAAGCAGUUCUCAGUAAUGAACAAACUCAAGAAAAGAGCUCUUAGGGUAAUUGCUGAGAUUUUAUCCUUGGAGGAAGUUGCUGGCAUAAAGGAGGGAUUCCAACUGAUGGAUACAUCAAAUAGGGGCAAGAUAAACAUUGAAGAGCUCAGAGUUGGGUUGCACAAGCUUGGCAAUCAGAUCCUUGAUGCAGAUCUUCAAAUUCUAAUGGAUGCUGGUGAUGUAGACAAGGAUGGAUAUCUUGACUAUGGUGAGUAUGUGGCCAUUUCUGUUCACCUAAGAAAUAUGGGUAAUGAUGAGCAUCUCCGGAAAACCUUUGCAUUCUUUGAUCAAAACCAAAGUGGGCAUAUAGAGAUCGAGGAACUAAGAGAAGCCUUAGCUGAUGAAGUUGACACCAGCGAAGAAGUUAUUAAUGCCAUUAUGCAUGAUGUUGACACAGAUAAGGAUGGGCGGAUAAGUUACAAUGAGUUUGCAGUGAUGAUGAAGGCUGGUACAGAUUGGAGGAAAGCAUCAAGGCAGUAUUCCCGAGAGCGGUUCAAUAGUCUGAGUUUGAAACUGAUGAGGGAUGGAUCAUUGCAGUUGAACAAUGAGGGUAGAUGAUGAUUCAAUAAGGAUUAAAAUUUAUUAAGUGGGGUAUUGAAUUUUAGAGUUGAUCUUUGGAAUUCAUUUCCUUUUUCUUCUUCUUAUAUAUAUAUAUAUAUAUAUAUAUAUAUAUAUAUAUAUAUAUAUAUAUUUGUUUGGGAUUAAUUAGGGUUCGAGGUCGAGGAUGUUGACGUCGUUCUGAAUUUCUGAAUAUGUUUAUUUUGUUUGUUGUGAGAGCAAAAGGAAUGAGUAAAGGUUGUAGAGGUUGUAAAUACUGUCCAAUUGACAUUCUUCAUUUUAUCAAAGUCAUCAUCUGCCUUUUUA